AUGCAUGGACACUUUAGUCCCAAACGAACUGCUAAAAAAGUCUUAGGUUCUGGUAUGUAUUGGGAUACUUUGUUCAAGGAUGCAUAUUUCCUCUAUAAGACAGGAGGUCUGUCCCGUAGGAAUGAAAUGCCCCAAGUCCCCAUUCUUUUCUAUGAAGUAUUUGAUGUGUGGGAGAUAGAUUUUAUGGAACAUUUCCUUUUCUCUUGUGGGUUUAGGUAUAUUUUAUUGGCAAUGGACUAUAUUUCCAAAUGGGUGGAAGCAAAGGCCACUAUUACUGAUGAUGCUAAGGUUGUUGCAGGGUUUUUGAAGGCUAACAUCUUAUGCAGAUAUGGCUUCCCCAAGGCAAUCAUCAGCGAUCAAGAAUCACAUUUUUAUAAUCAAUUCAUCGCUUCCUUACUGAAAAUGUAUGGUGUACAACAUCGUAUUGCCACCCUGUACCACCUUCAGACGAAUGGGCAGGCAGAGGUGUCAAACAGAGAGUGA